AUGAAACGAAUGAAGCGGCCAAGUGAUAUAUAUGGAACGACUGAAACGAACAACACAGCGCCUGUGUUUGUUGAAAACCUGGCGAACAUUUGGCAUAACGUCACGCGCUUGGCGUGCGUGUUCCGCAGGGCACGCUGUAUACCAGCGCUCGUCUUUCUUUCUUUCUUAUCCGUUUUUCUUUCUUUAUUUUCAUUUAUCCAUCUUUUCUUUUACCAUUCUUUCUUUCUUUUUUCUUUCUUUCUUUCUUUCCUUUCGUUUCUUUCUUUUUCUUUUACCAUCUUUCUUCCUUUCGUUUCAUUUAUCCUUCUUUCCUUCUUUAUUUUUCAUUUAUCCAUCUUUUCUUUCUUUCUUUCAUUCUUUCUUUCUUUCUUUUCUUUUUUUAUUUCUUUCUUUCUUUCUUUCUUUCGUUUUCAUUUAUCCACUUUUUUCUUUUUUUUCAAUUUUCGCAUUCCUUUUCUUUUCUUUCUUUCUUUUCUUUCUUUCUUUUCUUUCUUUUUUUUUUCUUUCUUUUUUCUCUUUCAUUUUUUUUUUCUUUCUUUCUUUUUUUCAUUUAUAUUUUCUUUCUUUCUUUUUUUCUUUCCAUUCUUUCUUUCUUUUCUUUCGUUUUCCUUUUCUUUUCUUUCCUUUCUUUCACCUUUCUUUUUUCUUUCUUUCUUUCUUUCUUUCUUUCUUUUCUUUCUUUUUCAUUUCAUUCUUUCUUUCUUUCUUUUUCUUUUCUUUACCCAUUUUCAUUUUUCCAUUCUUUCUUUUCAUUUCCAUCUUUCUUUUCUUUCUUUCUUUCUUUUCAUUUACCCAUAUUUCUUUCUUUCUUUUCUUUCUUUCUUUCUUUCUUUCUUUCUUUCUUUCUUUUUUUCAUUUACACACAUUCUUUCCUUUAUUUCUUUCUUUCUUUCUUUUCUUUACCCAUUUUCUUUCUUUCUUUCUUUCUUUUCAUUUACCCAUAUUUCUUUCUUUCUUUUUUCUUUCUUUCUUUCUUUCUUUCUUUCUUUCUUUCUUUUCAUUUACACAUAUUUAUUUCUUUCCUCUUUCUUUCUUUCUUUCUUUCUUUUCAUUUACCCAUAUUUCUUUUUUUUCAUUUUUCCCAUUCUUUUUUACAUUUUAUUUCUUUCUUUCUUUCUUUUUCUUUCUUUUCUUUUUUCUUUUCAUUUACCCAUAUUUCUUUCUUUCUUUCUUUCUUUCUUUCAUUCUUUCUUUCUUUUCAUUCUUUCUUUUUUCUUUUCAUUUACCCAUAUUUAUUUCUUUCUUUCCUUUCUUUCUUUCUUUCUUUCUUUUCAUUUACCCAUAUUUCUUUCUUUCUUUCUUUUCAUUUCUUUUUCUUUUUCUUUUCUUUUUCUUUUCUUUUUUUCAUUUUUUUAUUUCUUUCUUUCUUUUCAUUUACACAUAUUUAUUUCUUUCCUUUUCUUUCUUUCUUUCUUUUUUUUCUUUCUUUCUUUUUUCUUUUUUUCUUUUUUUAUUUCUUUCCUUAUUUCUUUCUUUUCAUUUACUUUUCUUUCUUUCUUUUCUUUCUUUCUUUUUCUUUCUUUUCUUUUUCUUUCUUUUCAUUUACACAUAAUUAUUUCUUUCCUCUUUCUUUCUUUCUUUUCAUUUACCCAUAUUUCUUUCUUUCUUUCUUUCUUUCUUUCUUUCUUUCUUUCUUUCUUUCUUUCUUUCUUUCUAUGCACGCUGACAAGCAAUAGUAAUUCACAGUUUCUUUUGUGA